AUGGAUAUUCACCGCUGCCGUUUCGUGUCCUACAACCCGCAGGCGAUUAACUCGCUUGCAUUCUCGCAUCCUCCUUCCGCAGAUCUUGCCGGACGAGGUGUCCCUACCCUUCGACUCGCAAUCGGUCGUGCGAACGGCGACAUCGAAAUAUGGAACCCGAUGCGCGGGGCCUGGUUCCAGGAGACCGUGCUACGUGGAGGAAAAGACCGAAGCAUUGAAGGCCUGUCUUGGACUCAAGACCCUCAUGAAGACGGACCUGCUGGUUCCAAGCUGCCGGGCAAGCUGCGCCUGUUCAGCAUUGGCUACUCAACAGCCGUCACGGAGUGGGAUCUCGAGCAGGGACGGCCGCUGCGUCAUUCAAGUGGGAACUACGGUGAAAUUUGGUGUCUUGCUGCGCAGCCGCAGUGGCAGCCUACCAAGAGAGGCGCAAAUGGGAAAUUCCUUCCUCCCGCUGAGGGUGAGUAUCUUGGCCAGCACCUGGCAGCCGGUUGUGCAGAUGGAUCAAUUGUGAUUCUGUCAACGGCAGACAACGACCUGAGGUUCGUCCGUCUGAUGCGCCCUUCUACGAAGAGGGCCCGAGUCCUCAGCGUCACCUUCCAGAACCGAAACACCAUCGUCGCGGGUUAUGCUGAUAGCUCCAUUCGUCUCUUCGAUAUCCGGAAUGGCCAACAGCUGCGGACAAUCUCGCUUGGAAAGGGACCCUCGGGUGGCCCGAAGGAGUUGCUGGUUUGGUCUGUCAAGUGCCUGCCAGACGGCACGAUUGUCUCUGGAGACUCCGCUGGCGAAAUUCGGUUCUGGGAUGCCAAGAACUACUCCCUUAUCCAGCGGAUACAGGGUCAUCUCGCCGAUGUUCUUGACGUGGCUGUGAGCGCGAAUGGCGAUACUGUCAUUAGUGGUGGCGCGGAUCAGAGGACAGUGGUUUAUCGCAAGAAGGACGUUGAGAAGGGUGAUAAGAAGAGCCGUUGGGCAGAGGUUAUGCACCGUCGAUACCAUACUCACGAUGUGAAGACAUUUGCUGUCUACGAGACGAAGGAGAUCAGUAUUGCCGUGUCUGGAGGCCCCGAUGCGACACCCGUCGUCCUCCCCCUCCGUGAAUUCGGCAAAGAACACCACCGCAAACUUUCCAGCCUUCCUCAGAUUCCUCAACUUACUUCCGCGCCGGCUUCUCGCCUAGUGAUGAGUUUCUGGGAUCGAGAGGUCAGUCUUUGGCGAGUGUCUCGAGGCCCCGCUUCUUUGAACGAGCAUAUCGAUGGCCAGAGGCAUAGGCUUGUUGCGAAGGUGAUGAUUCAGGGCGAAGAAAAUAUCACUUCCGCCAUGCUGUCACCGGAUGGCAAGAUUCUUGUUGUUGCCACGACUUCUGACGUUAAGCUAUUCACUGUUCGCCGACGCAAGGGCGAUGAGAAGGGGGCCUUGCGCAUCCAGAAGAUCGAGAUUCCUCAGUCUCUUUCUGGAGAUGGUGCCCGUCUAGUGACUAUCUCACCUGAUAACCGGUGGAUCUGCAUCGUUCGUCCCAAUAGUGAUGUUUAUGUGGCUCGCAUCCAGUCGGUUUCUACACCUGACAAGCCCGAAGUAACGCCACAGCUUGCACUCCUCAAGCGUGUGAAGCGCCACACUCGACAUGAAAAGGCCUCUCAUGGUACUUUUGGGGGAAUACGAAAGAAUUGUCCGAUUUUGGCUGUCGCUGAUCUUUCAGGAUGUGUUGAUACUUGGGUUCUGAAUUCGGUAGCGGAUUCAGACGCUAAUGGUCACGCUAAGGCCAAUGGCGUCUCCAAGUCAGACGAUGAUUCAUCCGAGGACGAGGACGAGGAGGAUGAGGUUGUCUUCGAAGGCGAGCGUUGGCAGACCGCAGCUUCGGAGUCUCCGAUCCCCCGAAUGAAGGCGGGCAUCACCUUGCUGUCCUUCCGUCCUCAGCGGUCCUCACCAAAGGCUCUGGCCAACGGUAACGGUCACACCUCGACCGGAGAGGAUCGAUUGAUGGUUGUUACCAGCGAGCACCAACUGAUUGAGUUUGAGGCUCGCAGUGGCAAGCUGUCUGACUGGUCUCGACGCAAUCCCAAGGCUUACCUUCCAGCCGAGUUCCGGGGCGUUAAGGAUCGUGCUAUGGGCUGCCUAUGGGACCUUUCCGAGGACCGUGAGCGUGUCUGGCUUUAUGGUACUUCGUGGUUGUGGAUGUUCGACAUGCUGCAAGACUUCCCAUCCCCUGAGGAAUUCAAGGUCGAGGACGAUGAGGCCUCCCAGCAGGUCGUCAAGGCCUCGAAGCGCAAGCGCGAUUUAUUCGAGGAUGACGAAAAGGACCGCAAGAAGCCCAACAGCGGUGCUGGUGACAGGAUCUCCCGGACUCAGAUGGAGAUCCACCUUGGAACCAAGGUGCGCAAGAUCGUUGGCCAUGACGAGUCCCAGGGCGAGUGGAUCUCACUGGACUACGAACGCUCGCGCAACCCUGAGGAUGACGAGGCUUACGAACAUGACGAAUCAUUCGCUGCCACCAGCCAAUCUGCCCUGGCUCGUCUUCGACGUGAGGACGGUACCGCCGUGGAAAUUGGAACUCCUCAGAAGGGCUCGAAGAGUAAAUCGAUCGACGCCGUCAACGGGGUUACAGACACUCCGAAGAAGCAGCUCGUGGCGGCUAACGGCGCCGCUUCCCAGCCUCCACGCCGCUGGUGGCACACAUAUAAGUACCGUGACAUUCUCGGAAUCGUCCCCUUGGGCGGCCUGUCGGGCGAUGACUUGGAGGAGGACCAGAGCCCAUCCGGGAUCCUUGAGGUGGCUGUGGUGGAGCGGCCGAUGUGGGAUGUCGAGCUGCCUGGCCGGUACUUGAGAGACUAUGAGUGA